UAUAGCAUUUCCGUCUGCGUUCAGCUGUUGGGCGAGCUCGGGCUGCGCCGGCUUCAGGUAUGGGGUCCGCCGGCCUGGCUCGGCUGCAGGGGCUCUUCGCAGUCUACAAGCCCCCCGGGCUAAAAUGGAAGCAUCUACGGGAUACUGUGGAGCUGCAGCUUCUGAAAGGUCUCAAUGCUGGGAAGCCUUCUGCCCCUAAACAGCGUGUUCGCUUCCUGUUGGGCCCGGUGGAAAGCAGCAAAGAGAAGGAGCUGACCCUCACAGCCAACCGUGUGCCCACACUUAUCAACCAUCCUCUGGUUCGUGGACUUGCAUUCACCAGCCUGAAGGUUGGCGUGGGACACCGACUGGAUUCCCAGGCAUCUGGGGUGCUUGUGCUCGGCGUGGGACACGGAUGCGGACUUCUCACUGAUAUGUACAAUGCUCACCUCACCAAGGAUUACGCCGUGCGCGGCCUCCUGGGCAAAGCCACAGACGACUUCUGUGAGGAUGGGCGGCUGGUGGAGAAGACAACAUACGACCACGUGACCAGAGAGAAGUUGGACCGCAUCCUGGCUGUGAUCCAAGGUUCCCAUCAGAAGGCUCUGGUGACGUACUCCAACCUCGACCUACAGACCCAGGAGGCCUACGAGAUGGCUGUGAGCGGCGUGAUCCGGCCCAUGAACAAGUCCCCGAUGCUGAUCACCGGCAUCCGAUGCCUCCAGUUUGCGCCUCCGGAGUUCCUCUUAGAGGUGCAGUGCAUGCAUGAGACGCAGAAGCAGCUGCGAAGGCUGGUGCACGAAAUCGGCCUGGAGCUGAAGAGCACCGCUGUCUGUACCCAGGUGCGGCGGACACGGGACGGCUUCUUCACCCUGGAUGAUGCUCUCCUGAGGACCCAGUGGGACCUGCCGAGCAUCCAGGGUGCCAUCCAGGCUGCAGCACCCCGGGUGGCGGCAGAGCUGGAGAAGAGCUUGAGGCCUUGGCUGGGCACCCAGGAGCCCCCUGGUUCAGGCCAGCCCUGGGACUCCAAGAGGCCACAUUCUGCCUUGGAGCCAGAGAGCCAUGUAGGGCAUUGACAGGCCAGCAGCUGGUGGAACAGUGGAUGUCUAAAAAUAAGAGCUGGUGGAACAGUGGGUGUCUAAAAAUAAGAAUUGUUUGUGGCUGGAACUGCUGACUGCAGAACACGAGAGCAGGAGGGACUUUUUUGCACAUGACAGAAACCCUGAAGCUGUUAGAGAAACCAUUGACGGAGUUCCCUAGUCAGGGAGCUAAGAUCCUGCAAGCCGUGUGGUGUUGCCAGAGAAAAAAGAGAUCAACAGACUUGGCCCAGUUAAAAACCUUUGUACAGAGGAAAAGACGCUAAAUGAAUGAAAGACUGAUAAAAGAUAGUUGUUAUAAGUCUAAGCAAUAAUAUUUAGAGUUCUUACAAAACAAUAAGAAAAGCACGACAAGAACGUUGAUCAAAUGACGUGAAUUGUGUGUUUGUAUUGUAAAAGCAAUCCAGAUGGCUAGUAAACCUGAAAUGAUGUUCAAACUCUAGUGAUGAAAGACGUUCAGAUGAAAAUGAGAUGACUUUUCCUUGCCUUUCAAAUAAAGUAAGAAAAAGAUA